AUGAGUUUCAAAAAUGCAGUCAUUGUAGGAUGUAAACGAACAUCUAUUGGAACUUUUAUGGGCUCUUUAGCAUCCUUCUCUGCUACAAACUUGGGAUCUAUCGCAAUUAGAGGAGCUUUAGCAAAUACAAGGUUGGAGCACAGUCAAAUUGAGGAGGUUUACAUGGGAAAUGUGAUCCAAGCAGCUCUUGGACAAGCCCCAGCGACUCAAGCAGCAUUAGGAGCAGGUCUUGGUGAAGACACCAUCUGCACUACUGUAAAUAAAGGAUGAGCUUCUGGAAUGAAAGCAACUAUUUUAGCAGCACAAGCAAUUAGAAGUGGUAAAAGAAAGAUAGUUAUAGCUGGAGGAAUGGAGAGUAUGACUGGAUCUCCUCAUUAUAUUUAUAUUAGAGAGCCUAUCAACAACAUGCACAUGCAAUACCUAGACUCAAUUUUAUUUGAUGGUUACACUGAAAUGACACAGAAUACUGAGCAUCUGCAUUUAGGAAAUUUAGCAGAGAAAAUCAUUGCUGAAUUAGGAAUUAGAAGAGAAGUUCUAGAUGAAUGGACGAAGAAAUCCUAUCAAAGGGCUAGGGGUGCCCAAGCAAGUAAACUUCUUGAAUGGGAAAUAGUAGAUAUUAUCAGAGAUACUCCCAAAGGAACUAUAAGAAUCAACAAAGAUGAAGAAUGUAAGAGAUAUUAUCCAGAAAGUCUUCCAGCUUUAAUGCCAAUAUACUCUAAAAAUGGUGCUUUAACCGCUGCUAGUUCUGCUAAAUUGAAUGAUGGAGCUUCAGCAAUAGUCCUGAUGGAAGAAGAAUAUGCUAAAGAAUUGGGAAUGAAGCCUUUAGCAAGGAUUAUUGCUUAUGAAGAUUCCGCAGUCUCUCCGAUAGACUUCUCAAUUGGAAAUUUUAAGGUUACCGAAGACAUUCUUGAAAAGGCAGGAAUGGAUCUGAAUGAUAUUGAUUUUCAUGAGAUUCAUGAGAGCUAUGCCUCAGUUCCUCUUGCAAAUAUUAAGUUACUUGAGCUUAACCCUGAUAAGGUUAAUGUUAAUGGAGGAGCAAUAGCAUUGGGCCAUCCUUUAGGAGCAAGCGGGAACAGGAUGAUUGUUUCUUUAGUAAACAUCCUGAGGCAAAGAGGAGCCUCAAUUGGGUUAGCAUCUGUAUCUCAUGGAGGAGGUGGGGCUUCUGCAGUUUUGAUUGAAAAUUUAAAUUAA